AUGGAGCCGAUGCGACGUCCCGGUGAAGUGCCCACAGGCUACGAGAACUGGACCAUCAACGAGACUGCGCUGCUUGCGGAAUCCAUCGUCGAAACGAUCGUGUUCGGAGUGACAUUGCAGUGGAACAUCAAGAGCGUGAGAGAUUUCGUCAAAGCCGCCAACGCCUGCAAGACCGACGAGAAGCUCCCCGUUUGGUUGUCCCAACCUCGAGGCCAAAUCACUGAGCAAGUGUUCAAGAGCGACGUGAUGGCAUGUCUAGCAGAGGUCGCUGGUGGCCAGGCCCGGGAGAACGACUUGGCCCCGAACACGUUGCAGCAAAACUUCAACAUCUCCAAACGCCUCGGCCAUCUUGAGGACGACUCGUUCGUCCAGUCAUGCAUGGCCAAACUCGAUGCCGGCAGCUGUCUCGCUGCUGUUUUUGUUCGCCAGGAGCCGGCUUUUGGGAUCGAACAUGUACGCACCAGCCCUCCACUGCCACCAAACCGGCGGGUUUUCUAUUGA